UCCUCCAAGUAGAAAGUCAUUCAGGCCCCGGUGAAUGGAGUGUGUCUAAGCAGAGACGCUGGGAGGACUUAACUGGCAGCACGAAAAAUAUGAGAGCCUUGCAAUGUGCCCUGGUGGGCGCCGUCCUGACCCUGCUGAUCUUCACUGACCUCAGCCAUGAAGAAUCCUACUUUGGGGACAGCUUCUGCAGUAUCCAAACCUUCCAAGAUGUCUCCAGCUUCCACGUGACGCUACAGUUGAAGACGAGUCGGAGAAGUGGGCUGCUGCUCCUGGCUGCUGGAAUGGAGGAUUAUCUGUUCAUUGAGCUGCUAAAUGGCAAAAUACAGGCUCGUAUGAACAUGGGCGCAGGCGAGGUGAUCCUGUCAUCAACGCAAGGUGUCCAGCUGAAUAACCUUCUGGAGCACAAAGUUUCACUCACAAUGCAGGAUGACAAGCUCACCAUGACGAUCGACGAGCUCUUCUCCACCUAUGUCCCUCUUAACGACGAUGGGGAGGAACUGAACAUCGACCAGGGCAUUUGGCUGGGAGGAACCGGAGAUCUUGACACGCCCUACCUCAGCAAUGCUAUCCCGCCUUUCCGUGGCUGCAUGAGCAACGUCAAAUUCGAGUCCCAUGAAUUUGAUAUUCUCGGCACGCUCUUCAAACAAUGCCAUGACACAAAGGAAUCCUGCAGCAGUGAGUUUGAAGCAGGCGACGGGGAGGCGACCAGUUUCAGCACUCCAGAUUCGUUUGUCUCCUUCCCCACCUGGAGUGGGGCUAGCGGAGCUCCAAGAGUUUUGGAAUUCCUCAUGAAAACCACCAUCGAGGAUGCCCUUCUUGCCUUUCACCCGGGGAGAGAUACGGACUUCAUCGCUAUCGGUGUCGUGAAAGGCUACCUUAAAGGUGUGCUGGAUUACGGCAAGGGCAUGGAGGUGCUGGAGAACAACGAGGUGCAGCUGGAUGAUGACCAAUGGCAUCGAGUUAAGGUCCAGGUCAGUCAGGAUUCGUUUGACAUCAACAUAGACAGCCAGGUCGUCUCCCUUCCUCUGAACUCGACUCAAAGCCUGGACUUGGUGGGGAACUUGUAUUUAGGAGGCAUUCAGGCUAAAAUGAAGGAUUUUUUUCGCGAGAGUGACUUAUUAAAUCGCGCGGAAGAAGAGAUGACUGCCGAGUCUUUUAUCGGAUGCUUUGGGGAGAUCAAAGUUAAUCAGAAGGAUCGAAGCCUACAGGACGCUCUGGUGACCAAAGACGUUCACGUCAAGUGUGAAGGCGAGGACUAUGACUAUUCUACUUACUACGACGUCGACGCAACAACGACCUCCCCGCCGCCUAGUACGCAGUACGUCGAUAUUGAAACGACCGAAACGCAUUGCUACCCAACGGACGACACGCCAGCUAUCUUCAAAAACGUGACCAAGCUCCUUGAUGUAUUCCCACUGCUCGUGCCAGAAGCCGGAGAGGUUUUCCUUGAUAUUGACCACCUGCGCCCGACCUUUGACCUUAGCGCCGCAGGUAUGCGUCAGUCCCAGAUCAUCUUUUCUCUCAAGAGCGACCCGUGGUAUGGCCUGCUCGACAUGGACAUCACGACAAAACGCACAAAAAAAUUCACUCUUUUGGACGUCGUCAACCAGAAAAUCAAGUAUAUGCACGAUGGACAUGAAAGACACGCAGAUGAGAUUGACCUCGAGGUGGUUGCUAGCAGUAACGGCAACCUCCCCGAAUGUCUUAAAACACCUCAAAGUUACAUGCUACCCGUUACAAUCGUUCUUACUGAAGACAUUCCACAACUGAGCGGAGAAGAAAUCCCCAUCACAGAAAAUGGCAAGACUCGCUUGAGCCCCGGUCUCCUCAAAAUCAGAGAGUCCGACGCCCGUUGUGACAACUUGGUGGUCACUGUGACGUCUGAGAUUCCCGUUGAAAGUGGCUUCCUUGAAGAAAGUCAGGAACCAGAGCGAAGCAUCUCAGAGUUUACCUGCAGGGAUCUAAAGGAAGGCAACAUCUACUAUGUGCACAAAGGGGGGCAAGUCAAUGAAAUGACCUUGGAAGUGUCAGAUGGUCAAUCUGCCAGUCACUCUGCGUCUUUCAAGUUGGUUCUCACACAGCCUCAUGUAACAGUUGUGACCAACACUGGACUUCUCCUGGCUCAAGGCGGCAACGCUUCCAUCGGCGUUCACAAUUUGGCGGUCCUCUCGCACCCUCGCCACGGCGAUGUAAUUUAUAACAUCACCCAGCCACUCGUCUACGGGGAACUGAAGAUCAUGACGACUGAUGGGAUGUUAAAACCAGUCUCCGAGUUCCAUCAGUCCGACCUGGAUAAUAACUACCUGAGGUACUUCAGCACCGAUUCCAGUGACCAAGAAGACGUCGUCGUUGAACGGAUUCAGUUUGACACGCACUUGGGAACGUUCUCCCGCAGGAAUAACACCUUUUUAGUUAAAAUCAUGCCUUCGCCAGUCAAAGUCUCCACCCUGGUGCCAAUGGAGAUGCAGGCCAGUGAAGAUCUAGUCAUCGGACACACGGAGCUUCAAGCUGAAGUGACAGGGAGAAACCCAGACCCGGAAAGUGUCAAGUAUAUUCUCGUCAAGCCUCCGACCCUGGGUAGUCUCCAGUUACUGGACACCGAGUUAAACGAAGGUGACACCUUCACCCAGAGAGACAUUUUGGACAAUUUUAUCAGCUACAGAGUCUUUUCGCGAAAAGCCGUUGAUGCUACUGAUCAAUUCCAGUUCAAAGUCUUCGCCGAGGAUCAGUACUCGCCUUUAUACACAUUCCCAAUUAGCAUCCUUGCUGAUUCCGACGCCCCGGUUCUGACCAACGAGGUGCUAAUCGUCCAACAUGGUGGCGAGGAGGUUUUAAACAAAAACUACCUUUGGGUGGAAUCGACCGGCUCUUCGGAUUUCAUGUUCCAGAUCAAUGAAGAGCCGAAGCACGGGCGACUCAUAAGGGACUCCCCUCCGGGUCAGCCUCGAUUUGAGGGAGCCAUUCGAGUGUUCAGUAAUGAAGACCUCCAACUUGACAGACUCAUAUACCAGCACGAUGGGUCGAGCACAGAUCAGGACGAAUUCCACUUCGCAGUGUUCGAUCAGGGAUCAGACAGGUUUGGAAUUCAGGAAGCGAUACGAGAUGUUUUCAGGAUAUCUAUCCAAAACAAGAACGAACACUCUCUACUGCAGGUUGUGGAUAAAGUUUUCAACGUCGUCCGCCGUGGGCAGCGCCUGCUAACGACGGACGAUAUCCGGUUCAUGGAUGCCUACUUAGGCUUCAAUGAUUCCCAGAUUGCCUACGCUCGCGAGGGGAUCCUUUCCGGCAAUAUUGUGGCCGCACAGGAUCCCUCACAAUCCCUUUACCGUUUCACUCAAGCCGACCUGAGAGAUAAAAAAGUUCUCUUUGUUCACCAAGGGGCGGAUCAGGAACGCUUCCCGCUGCAGGUGUCUAACGGCUUUCACAAAACAACCGUUCUGCUGCAAAUUCAAGCCGGCGAACCCUACCUGAACGUGGCGAACAAUAUGGUCGUCGUCAUUGACCACGGAAGCACCAAGACACUUGACACCACCUUGCUAAGCGCCACGUCCAACAUGGACAUUAGGGAUGAGCGCGAGAUUAAAUUUGAGGUGACGUCACCUCCCAGUGAGGGCAGGAUUAUUGUAAGUGGGAUCGAAUCACAAGAAUUCACCCAGGAGGACCUGAAAAAGGGUGUCGUUUCUUACGAGCAUAAUUACGAGAGCCUGAAGUCCAAAGACGCCUUUGGCUUCGCGGUCCGAGCAAGAGGACAUUCCGAGGAGGACACGUUCAGAAUUAAAAUAAUCAAACAAGGUUCUCUGCCCGAGCCUGAAGUCGUAACCAACGCAGUCAUCGUUUCCUACGAGGGCGAGCACACUGUCGUCAACUCUGAUUUUCUCAAGGUGGAGCAAGCCAACAUUGGGCCUGCAGAAAUAGUGUUCACCAUCAAGGAACCGCCUCGCCUCGGUCAUGUGGUCAAGCUGUCCAACGGCACAGACUCGCCAGUCCUCGACUAUAUUCAGUCGUUUACGCAGGAGGACGUUGAUCACGGGCGCAUCCUCUAUGUUUCUGCAUCGGUCCAGGGUGUGGACGCCUUGACCUUGGAUGUCAGCAAUGGUGUCACCACAGUGGAGGACCUGCGCAUGAAGGUGAACAUCGUACCUCGAAUCAUCCCCAUCCAGUCCCUCAACCUCACCGUGAAGGAAGGCUUCAGCAAGGUCGUCAACGACAAAGUCAUCAACAUCUCGCACCCCUUCUACACGUCCUUCAACAUCGAGUUUGUCGUGGAAGAACCGCCAAAGCACGGGGAGAUCCGUUUCCAAGAUGGAGAUGAGCUGACUUAUUUCACAUGGGAAGAGAUCAAAAACGGCCAGAUCUACUACGUGCACGACAGCACCGAGAGCACCGUGGACAACUUCACCGUCUCCGCCUCGGCUUAUGAGAUUGACCGCCGCAGCCUCGCCGUCACCGUAGCCGUCAACAUCCGGCCCAUGAACGACGAGCCGCCCAUAGUGACGCGCAACACCGGGCUGGAGGUCCUCGCCGGCGAGGAGGCAGACAUCACGUCCAGCAUGCUGAAAACUGAAGAUGGCGACACUGCCACCGAGGACAUCUAUUACACCGUGGAUACGGCCACCAGCGGAAUGGUGGCCUUCAAAGACUUCCCCGAAGAGACCGCAGUCAAUUUCACACAGACCCAAAUUGAUAACGGGGAAAUCAUCUUCAUUCACGAGGGUGAACAGUCCGGUGGUUUCAGCUUCACCGUGUCGGACGGCCAACACACGUCUCAACUCCACACAUUUGUGGUCACAGCCAGGCCGCUCACCAUCACCAUGGUAACGCAAGAGGAGCUCAUGGUGUUUCCAGGAACGAGACAGCCUAUCACGAGUGCCAAUCUGCGUGCCGUGACUAACGAGGACGGAAACGAGAUCAUCUAUUCGUUGCUCCAGCCUCCUCGUUUGGGAAGACUCAUCCUGGCUAACGACAAGAACCAAAUGGAGGAAAUCAACCGCUUCUCCCAAACUCAGUUGGAAUCUGGAGCGGUCUUCUAUGAGCACCAGCUGCCCGAGAAGCCCUUCUGGGUGGUGAGGGACUCGGUGGAGCUAGUUAUGUCCUCCCACCCCGCCACGGAUGUCCGUGACGUGCUACCCAUCACCAUCUCCUACUACGCAACGCAUAGCAACAUUUCCUCACAGAUGUGGAGGAACAAAGGUCUGGAAAUCGUGCAAGGCCAGAGGAAAACAAUCGAUGAUUCCAUCUUUGACGCUUCCAACCUCCAGGCCAGCCUUCCUGAGCCAGAGAGUGCAGAUGUGGUCUUUGAGAUCAAACGUUUCCCCAAUCAUGGACGCAUCACCCUGGGAGGUCGGGACAUACCCCGGGAUUCACCUUACUUCACGCAGGGGGAUGUGACCCGCAGAGAGCUGGAAUAUCUUCAUGACGACUCAGCGGCCUCCUCAGAUAGCUUUUCCUUCAGGGCCCGCCUGAGGAGUCGGGCUGACGGUGUGACAUCCGACUCUGUGGUCCUAGAGGAGAUUUUUAAUGUUUCCAUCAAACGACGGGGAUCGGAACCCCCUGAGCUUGUCACCAUUGACCAGCUGCUGGAGGUUCUACAAGGGUCUAUGAUCAUUGUCACCCAGAAGCAUCUGAACACCCAGGAUGAAGACAGCCCCCCAGAUGAAGUCCAUUUCAAGGUUACCAAACCCCCAAGAAACGGGCACCUGGUUGACGCCCGCACCAUGGACAUCCUCUCCGAGUUCACCCAAGAGAUGAUCAACAGCGAGCAGGUGGGCUUUCACAGCGACGGCAGCCUCGCAAACGGCUUUGUGGAAUUUAUCGUGUCCGACGGGGAACAUCAGACGGAGCCACAGACGCUUCACAUCGGAAUCCUCGCUCGCACACUCAUGCUGGACAAAGCCCCGGAGAUCAAGGUGAAGCAGGGCGACGACGAGACUCUGGUGACCGAGGAGAUGCUGAGAGCCACCACCGGUGGUCCCGUGGAGGAAGACGUCCUCUACAAGAUCACAAGCGUUCCGAAGUACGCGGCAGUCAUGGUCGACCGGCAACCCACGUCGGCCUUCACCCAGACACAGAUCAAGGAAGGAAGAGUCAGCGUACGCUUCGUCAAGUCCACCUCGCCCCGCGACAGCGUUGCCUUUGUCGCUCGGAGUCGGGCGGCCAAUGCGUCAUCAGUCCUCAACAUCACGGUGCAACCCUUGGCCAAGAUUGCCCAGGAUCCCCUACUACCGCAAGACUCUCUUGUUCAGGUGGACGGGAAGCUUUUGGACGCAACAGCCUUGGCCAACAAGACCAGGACCUCCCCUACGUUCACGGUCAUCCAGCAGCCGCGGGGCGCUCGAUUCGUCAGGUCUGGCGGUCCCGGCGCAGGCCAGCCCGUGGACUCGUUCAGCCAGCGGGACCUGGAUGAAGGGCGCGUUGCUAUGGAAAUUCCAAAAAGUUCCUCCGGGUCCCAAGAUGGGCUCACUCAGGAUGAGGCCCGCUUCUUACUCAAGGCUCAUGGGGUGCCGCCGGCGGAGUGCGUGCUUUCCUUCCAAACCGGCCCUUACAAUGCCUCAGGCGUCUACCCUGCCACUCUACUGAGGGUCCCUUCAGAGACCCCAACAAAGGACGGAAAGGACAAACCCAACGUGGCCGCGUACCCCUUUCCAACCACCGAAAACCCUCGCUGGAAAGCCAACCGGGACCAAGCCCAUUGGGACGGCCAUACCACCGCAGCGCCGUCCGACAGCGGCUCUCACAGGAACCCCGUUGUUUCUCGACGCGGCAACAUCUGGUCCAUUCUCAUCCCCAUCCUGGUCAUUCUCAUCCUCCUGCUCCUGGCAGCUCUCUUGGCAUACUACCUGGUCCGUAAAAAUAAGACUGGCAAGCACAACGUCCAGACGGCGGCAGCGGCCAAGCCGAAAAACGGCGAGGUAGCCGGCACCGAAACCUUUCGCAAAACAGAUCCGGCAAAUAUCCCCAUGUCCAACAUGGAUUCCAAGGAGGCCGACCCAGAGCUGGUGCAGGACUGCCGGACGACAACUCCGGUCUUGAAAAAGAACCAGUACUGGGUUUGAGACUCUUAAACAACCCCCCCCCCCCCCUCCUUGCCCCAGUCAGAGGUGGACCCUCAAGCGUUUGGAGCGCUCCAAGUCUUCUCAGUAUUAAAGACUUCACUUGUCGCCACAGCAGUUUGAUGGAUUUUUCUUCUUGGACGCAAACAGUCGCAUACUUCUCUCGACUCAACUGUGGACUGACUCUCAGGCAACAAAACACUGAAUCGUUGUUUGGCAAGGCGAGAGGCGGUUUCUUAUCUUCCAAUGCCAUGUACUAUAUUUAUUUUAUCAUUCCUUCAAGGGCACAAGUGACAUAAACAUGAUCCGUGUUUGCAAAAAAAGAAAAUAUUCUCGGUGUGCUCGACCAUUUUCAAGCAAAGGCUCACAUUGCUUGUUCACAGUUUUGAUCGUCGAUUCGCUUUCAGCUCAUGAGCUGAGCUGUUUCGUGCACAUAGGGUAAAUGACGUAAACACAUUUAGGUCCACAGCGACUGUUUGUUAUUCUUGCCUUUAGACAUCCCCAAAAUGAGUUUUUGUUCCUGUGUAAACUUCCAACUAGAAGUUUUAGUUUUUUUGUUUUUUUUUAAUGGCCUGUUGUCCAGGAGAUUUCAAACUGCUUUUUGUCUCUUCCGUGCUUUCUCGUUUGUUUGUCCCCGCCCCCUCACCCCAGCCCUGCCCCCUCACCCCACCCCAUUGUUUCUCAGGGCUAAAUUCAUUUAAACAUCAUCACUCGUAACAUUUUAGCAGCUUGUCUAUUUGGAGGUAGAGGAUUUGGUACUAAAAAAAAAACUAAACUUUCCAACUUGAAUUUAGCUCCGAGGUGUGGCAAGACAAAGCGGACAGGAAGUUUGGUUUUAAGCAGAUCUGGACGGUCUUAGUUGAGAAUUCUUCAGAAGCUUCUGAGUGCAGGGGUUGAUCGGAAUGGACGACGAUUCGAUUCUUCAAAGCAUUCCAUACCUGUAUGUAAGCUAAAUAUAGUCACAUACUGAGAUCGAUUUUUUUUUAAUAUUGAUGAUUUUUACUUCUUUGUUCCUCUCGGAUUGGAAUGAACUUGACCGGGGUCCCGACGGCUUAUGGACCGGAUGCAGCAUUUGAUUCGAUGAUGCUAACAAAUCAGUGUGAUUUAUGAAAAUAUUUAAGCCACAGAUGCUCAAAAUGUAUUAUAAUUUUAAAAAAUGUGGUUGUUGUAUCAGACAUUUAUCAAUUUAGUACCUUCGGAUGGGGGAGAAAGUUUUCCCACGCCCGAACUAGACUUCAAAUGGUUUCUCCAAUAAAGGAGUCAAAGUUCUCGUUUAUGUUCCUUUUGUCAUAGCGUUAAACGUAACUUUUUACCAUGUACUGAAAUGUCUUGACAUCUUAUGGGGUUUUUUUUUCAGUGGGCACAAAGCUCAGGAAGUGAUGUGUUCAAGGACACUUUGCAUUUCCUGUGAAAUAUUUGGCUUUUCUUAUUUCUCACUUUCCCCCUCCUCUUUCUCCCUUUUUGUGUAAAUAAUCUGUCUCUGUGUUUUUGCUGUAUUCUAAUUAAACGACAUUAAUGAAGA